CCCGGGUUACCGGAUGCAGUAGCUCGUGUUUGGCCGCUUUGUUGUUCUCUCUCACGGAGUUUCCUUGCUCAUUUUAGCCGCUGUGUUCCAGAGAGCUGCGAUGGAGCCGAGCUGGAGUACAUUUUUAUUUCAACAGGCCAACGAGGCUCUGCAUCACCAGCACCAGGUAGCCGGGAACAGUCUGUUGCCUUUGCUAAGCUCUGGAUCUGAGCCACCUGACCAGAAACCAGUGCUGCCCAUCCCUCUGGACCAGAAACCCCCCGUCAGUGCUGCAGAACUCCUUAAAGACAAUGUGGCUAGUGGGACAGGAGGGGGAGGGCCGCCUGUGGCUGUGGUCAAAAAAGAGCCCAAGUCAAAGACGCCCUUCAUCUGUGGCUACUGCAACAAGGCCUUCAGAGACAGCUACCACCUGCGGCGGCAUGAGUCCUGUCACACGGGCAUCAAGAUGGUCUCCAGACCUAAGAAGACUCAGACAGCCCCCACAAUGGUGCCACUCAUAUCCACGGUACCCCGGGAAAACAACGCCAACCCAUCAUAUGUCACAACAGUGGCUGGAAUCUUAACCACAGCCACCACGUCCACAGCCUCAGGCACCAGCAUCAUGACCCCCAUGCAGCACCAACAGCAGCAGAGCGUCCCCAAGAAGCCCCCGAAACCUGUGAAGAAGAACCACGGCUGCGACAUGUGUGGAAAGGCCUUCAGAGAUGUAUACCAUCUGAACCGCCACAAACUGUCGCACUCUGACGAGAAGCCGUUUGAGUGUCCCAUCUGUCAGCAGAGGUUCAAGAGGAAGGACCGCAUGACGUACCACGUCCGCUCCCAUGAUGGGGGGGUCCACAAGCCUUACAUAUGCUCCGUCUGUGGGAAGGGCUUCUCCAGACCUGAUCACCUCAGUUGUCACGUGAAGCACGUCCACUCGUCAGAGAGGCCGUUCAAGUGCCAAGUCACGGCCUGUACCUCUGCUUUUGCUACCAAAGACCGUCUGCGCUCCCACAUGAUCAGACAUGAAGGUAAAGUCACCUGUAACAUCUGUGGCAAGAUGCUGAGUGCCGCCUACAUCACAAGUCACCUCAAGACGCAUGGCCAGGCCAGCUUUAGCAACACCUGCAACAAUAAAGGCAUAGGUGACUGGCAGUGGAACCACUCAGGGCCACGAAAAGGUGAGUUGACGGUAGGAGAGAUUUUAAAUAACUCCUUCCAAGUCCUAAUUGACAACUCUCACAAAGAGGCCAACAAUGUGCACAACAACUCUGCCACCACCACGCCUGUCACCAACUCAGCAGCCAUCACUUCGGCUGUAAACCGCGGCGCCAACCCCAGCAACCCUGUCACCAUCGCUGCUCAGAUGAACAUCGCCACCAGCACGGUGAACAUAACGUCUCCGGUCAACCUGCAGCACCCUGUCACCAUCACUGGCCCCGUCAAUCUGGCCUCCGUCAACAUCCCGACAACUGCACACAUGAACAUCGCCCACCCGGUGGCCAUCACUACGCCAAUGCCCAUGAAUAUAACCGGGCCACUUAACAUCGCCAUGAGGCCCAUGGAGAGCAUGCCUUUUCUAUCCCAAGUCUUGCCUUCAUCCCCACCCUGGUAGAGCAGAUUUUAGACAUGUGUUAGAGCUGAUCAUGUUUUAACUGCCUGAGAAUGGAUCAACCUGUCAGUCUUUAUGGUCAGUAGUGAUACCUGAAACCUGAAGAGGUGAUAAUGAAUGAUAUAGAACCAAGUACUGUAGAUAUUAGUCAAUGGAUGUUGCUAACAGGAGUCAUUAGUGCAGCAUUAUUUGUUUUUAUUUAUACGUAUAGGAGAAAACAUUGCAGACUUAACUGGCCCACAGUGUUAGUUUCACUUUUUACCCUUCACAGGAGAAUUACACUAGUGCAGAUGGAUAAACAUUGAUGUUUUAUUAAUUACAGAUAUUUUAGCAUCAGAAAGAAUAAUCUCCUUUCCUUAUUGAUGAAUUUAAAGAGGAUGUUUUUUGUUGACCCACCGAGUAAAUCAGUCAUUCAAUUGAAGUACUUCAUCAUAUUGAUGAAAAUUAGUAUAGAAUAUUGCCAUGUUGCAGCGCUGCUCAUGGAUUCAUAAUUACAUUUUGAUUACCUUAAUAAUUUCUGUCUAAGCUACUUGUUGGGUUUCUGAUGCAGAAAUAAAGAUUCUGCUUUUAUCUACCAAUUAAGAUCAUAAACGAAAAACCUCUAAACAAGCUUCCAAGUGGUCCAUAAGGUUUCCAUAUUUUUUAAUAUUCAUAAUUAACUUGAACCAUCAGAUAAAUUAAUUUAUCAUUGUUAGAUGAAUGAUGUGCAGAACACUCCAGAUUAUGUUUUUAUACUAACAUGACCUCAGUGGGCAGGAUGAGUGAGUGGUAAUAUUUAACGCAGAUUUUCUGCAUGAAUAUGAACCAUGUAAUGCCAAAGAUUUUCUAAACAUGCUCUUUCUGUAUAAAUGAUAUGUUUAAGAAAGAUAAGAGAAACAUCCAAUCUACAUUUUUUAGACCAUCAUAGAACGCUCAGUCAUUCUUCAUAGUCUGCAGUAAUCACAUCAAUAAUCAUGCCAACCCUUCAUAUUACUGGAAUAACAAUGUUUUAUAAUUUGAUUUAAAUUAGAUUCUGUUCGUUAAACUUGCUGUAUGAUCAUCACACCUUUAGGUUUCAUGACACUUUCAAACAAAAAGAGUAUUUUCUUCCACUUGGACACAGUGUAACAUUAUCUGGCAGUUAUAACAGCAUCAGUUUGAACAUUUUCACCCUUAUUCUGUAUUUAUCCUGUUUACUCCUAUUUUCACUUGACUAGUUUGUUCUCUGAAAGAUAGGUGGGGGUGAGCUGCCUCAUUGCAGCAGUGAACACAGCAUGCUGGGAAAGCAAACCCUUUAGAGCCCUUUUCUGACUUUUUAAAGUUCUAUUUAGCCACAGAUGGACCCUAUAGGUUUUGUAAAAGUGACCAGUUAAAGAUGACUUCCUCAGCUGGUCAUUGGACUUCAAACAUCGGUGAUGUGUGACACCUGAGGCAUUGUUCCACAGUUCCUUAAAUGGAAGUGUAUCGCUGGACUUGUUCUUAAAUGCUUCCUCUUAAGGCAGAUUUUGUUUCUUGUUCUUUUUUUUAUAUUGUUCUUUUUGUGGACUUAUCAGUAUUUGAUAGUUUAUGUAUUUUAAAGUUAAACAAAGCUUCCAUUUUGGGGGAGGGAGGGGUGAGUAAUGUUGAUUUCACUGAUGGUUCAGAGGAGGCCUUUGAUCCGUCAUCUGCUCGCCCCGUGUCUGUAUUUCAACAUUGCUGGUAACCAGUCCCUCGUCACUGCUGGAUAUUCUGCACAAGUUUAUCUGUGACAUGUGUUUGUAUGUAUUUAUAAAUCAGGACAGGACGGUUGAAGGUACAGAAAGAGGAAAUGUUUCCUACUAAAAGCAUGUCCCUGAGGUUUUGCCCUUGAAAUGCCAGUAUUAUCAAAGGUCAAAUGAUUUUAAAUUUUGAUUACUGAUUGCUUUUUUAACUGUAGAGGUCAAGAGUGCCACCCAGUGGCUUAAAGACUGUGAUACACAAGCAGUCCCAAAGUAAACUCUUGUGAUAUCUUCAUUUGAUUAGAUAGUUUCUUGAGCAGGUGUAGGAUCCCAUCACUGUCAGUCAAACUCAGGAAGGUUACUGAGAAUAGUCUGUAGACAUUUAACACUGACCAUUUCUUUGUAAAUAUCAAACACUAUCUGAUUGCCUUUCACCUGUGGGAGCAGGAGCUUCUCUCUGCUCACCACAGGCUACAAUGCAAGAACUGUAUCACCACUAAUGUGGCCGUCCAUCAGGGAGAGGACAGAGGAACAGACAGACUCAUGAGGAAAAGGCUGAAGUGAGGUUAUUCUUUCAACAAUAUAUAUAACUCUUAAAAAAGCCUGAAAUUGAACUAUAAUCUCUAAACAAGAAUUCCCUGCGUAGCCACAGCUUUUGAUACUGUGUGGAUCAAGUACAGAAAACUACAAUAAUGUUAAAUUUAAUAAAACAUAAUUGAAAGGGAUUUCCAGCUUCAAUAGCUGCCACAUCAUAGCAACUAAUCCCUUUUAAAGUAUGCUGAGUUUAAGUGCUUGUUUUUUCUACUGUCCUACUGACACAGCUUUUAUUUUUAUUCAAGGUGUCUUACAUCAAAAGAAUAUUUUCUACCUCUUAUGUCCAACUCUGAUUCACAUUUCCAUUGUCUUCCUGAAACAUCCCAGCUCUCACAGCCAGAUUUUAGAGAAGAACUUAAAAUCAAGUCUCCAGGAGGGAAACUUUUCUUUUAGUGAAAAUGUUAAUGUGAAACUGUUCUUUAGGGGAAGUGUCUCUCAAGUGAGACAUCUCUUUGAACCAUACUUUUAUUGAGACCUGACCCUUAGCAGAGAUUGUCUGGAGGGGGGCUUAUACUUGUUAGCUUUGUUGAGACUUGUAGCGAAGCUUGGUCAUGUAUGAGACUAAAUAAGGAGACAUUUAGAUGAAUACUCCAUAACUGAGGCUUGUUCUUGAUGAGGUUGCUCUGCUAAUGGCUGUCUAGUUUACUUACACGUGGAGUUUACCAAAAGGGACCUGGGAAGUCUAUCUAUGAUGUUGUUACACAUCACAUGCUAAAACAAGCACUUAAAAGUAGCAAACUUUAACCUUGCCUAGAGGAGCUACCCUAAGAACCAUGUCUUAACAACCAGUUUGACAGCUGAGGACAUGGACCAAAAGAAAAAUUGCAAGAAUCACCGUUCUGACCCCAAAGAAAACAAGCCCAGCUUUUACUAACCAGACCUCUUUGGUUGCCUUAUAAUUGCAGGUUGAAAGGUUUUCUUCUCAACAGUUAAAACAGAAAUGGCUUUGAUGGGAUCAUUUCAUCACUGAAUGUAAAGUUUUCAAACUCCCUUCAGCUUUCUCCUAUGUCGGCUAAACUUUCGCUGAGGGUCUCACUCGCAUAGCUUGGAGUGUUUUUGUUUCAGCUUUUUAUUUUGCUGCUUCUGAUCUUUUCUGAACAAUUGAGGCUAUGAUCACAAAGAAGACUUUUUAAAACUAAAUAAAAGGAAAAGAUGUUGCUGACCUGCAACAUAAACUGCUAUAUAAAGUAAUUCUGUAAAUUUUCUACUUAAACUCCCAGACCCCCUGUACAGGUGGGUAAAUGCUGGUAGGUUGGUAGGUUUGACUGAUCACUGUUAACGGUUCUGCACAGCACCAGCUCUGAACUAGGAUUGUAAAAAUGUUACCCCUAAAGGCAUUCUGACACUGUAUUAUACCAGAAGCUAAGCUGUUGACUUGUCAGUGCUCAAGUUUGAGCACUGAUGAGGAUUUUACAUAAUGAUGGUUGAACACAACUGAGAAUCUCUGCUGUUCAGAAGUGUCACAGAAUUAAACCCUGACAUCUUUCAGCCCACAUUCUCCCCAGUUCCCUCACAGGUGGGUUAAUCUCUCCUCCUCCUGUCUGUAUAAAACUUUCCUGCUGCCUCCAGCUCUUUUAGGUUGACUAGGUCCUAGUUCCAUGACCGGUCAACUAGGAUAGGUACCUGGAUUUCUUUGAUGGACACCUACUCUAGCAUUCAGUUUCGGCUGAGGAGCUCUUAUCCAUCAGGUACCACUGAGUGAUGGUUUCAUUAUUGAACAAGUCACACUAAAGACAACUGAAAUCUGUGAAAUAACUACUCAGCGGUAGCUGAUGACUGAAGAUGACAAACUGUUCGAGGAAUGUUUUAUAUGGCGAUUCAAAUGAAGAGGGGUUUAGAUUUGACAUUGAGAAACUUGUCACUAAUGAGAGUUGUUGACAGAUUUUUAAAUUUCCAGAAAUAACCAUUUACAAUAGCACUCUAAAGAUUGGCUUCUCUUUUGGUAUGAACAUAUCUUGAUCUACAUAUCUAUCUCCAAGCUCCUGGUUUCUUCUACUUUUAGUCUUCAGCCUUUGAACUGUGAUCAAAGUCUGUCUUGUGAUCUCAGCCUCAGCAGUUCAUACAGCAGGCCUGCAUAUUGUCCUACGGCUCCCUGGCUGUUUUUGUCACAGGGAACACAAGUGAAUUAGUUGGUAGAUGUGAAGCCUUUCCUAGUGAAGGCCUUUUUUUCUGUGCAGGAUCUCUGAAGCACUUGCAGCAAACUGUAGGAUGUGCACACUACAGAGGAGCGGUACUUAGAGGGGCAUUUAUAUUUGGUGGAAUUACAUGAUGGUUGGUCUCUUAACGUCAUUGUGUACAUGCCAACACGCUCCACCAAGGGAAAUGCUCACAGAGUGGCAUUACGAUCCUGGACAUUUUUACUCCUCUUUUGUUUUCUUUUGUUUCUGAUGUUGCAUGUUGGCAAUGGAGCUCGUCCAGUGUAGGUUUGAGUUCAUCAACCAUUCUUAGAAGGCUAGUGACUUUUUAUGAAAACACUAAAAAAAAAAAUAGGGUGACAGGAAGUGUGAGUUGUCAUUUGUCCUUCUUAAGUGGCCGUAAACAAAGUGUGCCUGACAAACUUCACCAGACUCUUCCACACAUCGACUCUUCCUCCUGUGGACUGUCUAUGUAGUGACUAGGUCCGUGAAGAAGCCUUCAUCAGUUCAGAUGUUCAAUGGACCCCAGGGUCCAAUAACCAAACUAUGUCCUGAUUUUCUUUUUAGUUUUUAAACCUGAUCAUGUUUCAUAUCAGAAACUGCAUUACAAAAAACAUUUAGUCCUUUUUUUGUAAAUGUAUUGGUGACAUAUCUUCAUGUGGUUUGAUUUGACUCCAACCUAAUGUGAAAAAAAGUUUAUUUGGCCAAAUGUUUUUUAUUUUCUUUCUUUUUUUAAAGUUUGUGAGAUGAAUUUGGCAGAUGUGAAGGCAAAUGAAUGUAUAUCUUUGUACAAACCAUUUAGUUCAGAGGACAUGUUAGCAAAGAGACUCAUGCAAGAAAAACAAACCUUUUAUAAAACUUUUUGUAUUAGAACAUUAACAAUGGUAAUUUUUGUAUAUACGAAGGCUAGGCUUUCUGAGUAGCAGAAAGGUAAAACAUUCCUACAUUUUUUUUAAAUGUAUGUCCAUUGAAAAUAAUUAUGGAAACAUGCGCAAUGUUUUAUGUGCCUUUUAUUUGGGUUUGUCUAAAUAAAAGAAACCAAUAAAACAUUA